AUGUUGAACAUGUCGACCCCCAGCGAGCUCAAGUCUCCGUGUGUCCCGAGGAACGGCAUGGUCAAGCUCCCCCCUCAGCCCAACGGUCUGGGCAGCGCCAGCAUCACCAAGGGCACGCCCGCCGCCAAGAACCGUCUGUGCCAGUCCUCCUCCGUGCCCGGCAUCCUACCCCCGCCUUCCCUGCCCUACCACCUGGACACCCUCAACCCCCUGGGCUCCUUGCCCACCGCAGCUUCUCUCCUGGGUCCAGACCUGGACCACAGCCCCCUGAUGGCCCUCAAACCCCCGCUGCGCCAGGUCCCCCUCACCUUACCCAAGCCUCACCUUCCCCUCACCCUGCCUCUGACCCUUCUGCUGCCCCUGGAGCGCCAGCUGGCCCUGGAUGAGAAGCUGCUCAACAGGCUGCUGUGGUACUUCACCACGGCUGAGAAGUGUGUCCUGGCCCAGGUGUGUAGGACCUGGAGGAAGGUGCUGUACCAGCCUAAGUUCUGGGAGGGUGUCACGCCCAUCCUCCACGCCAAGGAGCUGUACGCCCUGCUCCCCAGCGGAGAGAAGGAGUUUGUCAGCCUGCAGGCCUUCGCUCUCAGGGGGUUCCAGGCAUUCUGUCUGGUGGGAGUUUCGGACCUGGAUAUUUGUGAGUUCAUUGAUAACUACCCCCUGUCCAAGAAGGGGGUGAAGUCGGUCAGUCUGAAGAGGUCCACCAUCACAGACGCAGGCCUGGAGGUGAUGCUGGAACAGAUGCAGGGUCUAAUGCACCUGGAGUUGGCCGGUUGUAAUGACUUCACGGAGGCCGGUCUGUGGUCCAGCCUGAACGCACGGCUCACCUCGCUCAGCGUCAGCGACUGUAUCAACGUAGCAGACGACGCCAUCGCUGCCAUCUCACAGCUACUGCCCAACCUGUCAGAGCUCAGCCUGCAGGCCUACCACGUAACCGACACAGCCAUGGCUUACUUCACAGCCAAACAGGGCUACACCACUCACACACUGCGUCUCCACUCGUGUUGGGAGAUCACCAACCACGGUGUGGUUAACAUGGUCCACAGCUUGCCCAACCUCACGGCUCUGAGCCUGUCAGGCUGCUCUAAAAUCACUGAUGACGGGGUGGAGCUGGUAGCAGAGAACCUGAGGAAGCUGCGGAGCCUGGACCUCUCCUGGUGCCCACGCAUCACUGACAUGGCCCUGGAGUACAUCGCCUGUGACCUCCACAAACUAGAGGAGCUGGUACUGGACAGAUGUGUGAGGGUAACAGAUACAGGUCUAGGUUACCUGUCCACCAUGUCUUCUUUGAGGAGUCUCUACCUGCGCUGGUGCUGUCAGGUGCAGGACUUUGGGCUACAGCACCUGUUUGGCAUGAGGAGUCUGCGUCUUCUCUCUCUCGCAGGUUGUCCACUCCUAACCACUACAGGUCUAUCUGGUUUGAUCCAGAUCCAGGAUCUAGAGGAGUUGGAGUUGACCAACUGUCCUGGAGCCACAGCUGAACUCUUCAAGUACUACUCACAACACCUGGCACGCUGCAUGGUCAUCGAGUAG